UUCACCUGUAGUGUUAUUGUUUGAUGGUUGGUUUCAGUUGUGAGGAACAGUAAAGUAUUAAAUUUACUUAUGUUACAACAUGGCUGAUUUUCUUGACAACAAUUGGUUGCAACAACUGUCACUGGCCGAGGGAUUUACUGUAGCCGAAGCUGUCGAUGUAAUUGAAAACUUUGUUGAUGACGGGAAUCUCGACACCUCAGACGUUGACAUCUUUAUUGCCCCCCCAGAAAAUGAUAUCCUCACUGAUGAAGACUCUGGUCCAGAAGACGAAGGUGGUACCAUAAAUAAUUUGAACGGUGGACAACUAUCAGCUCCCGCAGAAAUAAGAGUAAGAAGACUUUGUAAUCUUGUUGAAUCAAGUUGCACGGAACUACAAGAUAAAAAACAUCGAACCUGGAUUUGA